AAUUUUUAACUCCUUUUAUUUAUAUAUUUUUGUUUCUAAAUUCUACAUCACGUUCGAGUGAUUCAGAAGAAAAAGAGUCAAAAAUUACUGGUAAAAUUUGUCCCUUUUUGGCGUCUCUCUGCCAAAAUUUCCUCGAAGACUUCAGGGUCAGGGCUGUUGGGAGGAGGAAGAGCACCAAGAAAUGGUGGUCGUUUCUCAAGAAGCGAUCCAUCACCUCCGGGCAUUGAUGGAUCAAGUUGAUGAGUCUUUGAGGAGAACAUUUCAGAAUGUUCAUCAAGGUUAUCUACCUGAAACAUUGUUUCGUUUUCUAAAAGCAAGAGAGGGGAAUGUUUCCAAAGCCCACAAAAUGUUGGUGGACUGCUUGAAUUGGAGGGUGCAGAACGAGAUUGACAACAUUUUGGCAGUAAGUUUGUGGUAUUCUGGAUUGCAAUGUCUUUUUUUCAAUUAGUUACUUCUCCAGUAGUGAACUAUCAUGUCGGUGCUUGUCCAUGCCACUUUAUGUGCAGGCAAGCCAUUGAAAUUGAAGAAUUUGGAGCUUGCUUUUUUGUGACUACAUGUUUCGUUGUUGAGCCUUGAAGUGGACUGAAACUUGUUCCUUGAAGUGGACUGAAAUUUGUUCCUUGAAGUGGACUGAAAUUUGUUCCUUGAAGUGGACUGAAAUUUGUUCCUUGAAGUGGACUGAAACUUGUUCCUUGAAGUGGACUGAAACUUGUUCUCAUGUUUUUGUUUUGUGUGUUUCGUGAUGCCUUGUGUAAUGCUGGGUGCUUGCAUGCAGAUAAGGAAUUACCCCAGUCAUGCAUUCCUUGCUUUUGUACUAUUGAUUUUAUUCUUUUGGUCUUAGACUGAGCCAUGUGGUGGUUUAUGGCAAAUAUAACACCAUGUAUAGUUAGAGCCAUAAGCAUUAAUGCUUUUCUUGUUUGCUACAUUGUGUCAACAGAAACCCAUAAAUCCUACCGAGUGUUACAGAGCAGUGCGCGAUUCUCAGCUAAUAGGGAUGUCUGGCUACUCAAGAGAGGGCCUUCCUAUCUUUGCUCUUGGUGUUGGGCAUAGCACCUUUGACAAAGCAUCUGUCCAUUGCUAUGUACAAUCACACAUUCAAAUCAAUGAAUAUCGGGAUCAAGUAGUUCUGCCCUCUGCAUCAAAGAAGUAUGGGCGGCCUAUAACCACCUGCAUAAAGGUGUUGGAUAUGACUGGUUUGAAGCUUUCUGCGCUAAGCCAAAUAAAGUUAUUGACAAUCAUCUCAACCAUAGAUGAUUUGAACUACCCAGAAAGGACAAAUACAUAUUACAUUGUAAAUGCCCCAUACGUAUUCUCAGCUUGUUGGAAAGUUGUCAAGCCCCUUUUGCAGGAAAGGACAAGGAGAAAAAUUCAGGUCUUGCCAGGUUCCGGCCGAGAUGAACUGUUGAAGAUAAUGGAUCUUGCAUCACUUCCUCAUUUUUGUAAAAAAGAAGGGUCGGGAUCAUCACACAAUUCAGAGAUUGACAAUUGCUUCUCGUUGGACCACCCUUUCCAUCAACAACUUUACAACUACAUAAAGCAGCAAUCAUCGAUCACUAAGCCGGUUCAACCUACCAAACAAGGUUCUUUUCAUGUGGAUCUGCCUGAGCCGGCUGCUGAAGGGACAGAGAUUGUUAAAACCCUAGAGUCCGAAUUCCACAAGUUUGAGAAUCGGAAUGGAAAGUCCACAUCCCUUGAGAACCUCAAAAUUAGCGAUGACUAAACCUAUUUGGCUGACCGGCGACUGCAUUUUCUAUGGCUCCUAGCCAUUAUUCUGUUCUCAUAUGUUACAAUCAUAAUCUCUUACUUUCUCUAGAAAACGAAUGUGUUUCUCCUAAUUCUAUCGUUACUUGUUAUACAAUAUGAACAAAUGUAGUAGUGACAA